AAAGUAAUGAGAAAUAAAAAUGUUUCAAGUACAUGAAAACAAGCUGAGAGACACUAAUAACAUUGUUUUUUUGUCUUAAAAAGUAACAUUCAUGGCUUCCUUACUAUCUACAACAACUACACCUACACUUCAACAUACUCAUAAUAAAAUCUGCUUCUCUCCUCUAAAACUCACCACUCCAUUAAGCAAUUCUUUCUUAACAACAUACCUUUUCAACAAGAAUCACUCUACAAGGUGCAAUGCAUUUUUUGAUAUUAUCCCCAAAGACUUGUUAUUGAACAAUACAUUUUAUUUGGAUAAGUUUCAGAGUGUGAGUGAGGAUUUAUCAGACAUGCAGAGGUUGGAGAUUUUGGUCUUUGUUGGUUUGGCAUGGUUUUAUCUAACUGCAAGACCAGGUGUUCUUAUUGGUGCUAUUGAUGCAUACCUUUUGGCUCCAAUGCAAUUUGUUUUGGAUAGUUUAUCUGGAAGGAGAAAUUUGAAGAGGAGUGAUUUCUUGAUUGGUGGUAAGAUAGGAGAAGGGUCAUUUGGUGUUGUUUAUUCUGCUGUUUUGGUAACAAAGGAUGUGAAAGAGAUGAUGCUCAAGAGUGGAGGAGGUAAGUUGGAUGCUAAAUCUAAGGAUAAAGUCAUUCUUAAAAAGGUGAAGGUUGGAAUUGAAGGAGCUAAAGAAUUUGGUGAUUAUGAAGAGUGGUUCAAUUAUAGACUCUCAAGAGCAGCUCCUGAAACAUGUGCCAAGUUCCUUGGAAGUUUUGUAGCUGAUAAAACCAAUUCACAAUUCACAAAAGGUGGAAAAUGGCUUGUUUGGAAAUUUGAGGGAGACCGCACUCUUGCUGAUUAUAUGACAGAUAAAAACUUCCCUUCGAACUUAGAAUCUGUCAUGUUUCGAAAUGCGUUGCAAGGUAUAGACUCUUCAAAAAGAAAUGCAUUGAUCAUCAAGCAAAUAAUGCGCCAAAUCAUUACAUCUCUUAAGAAAAUUCACGACACUGGCAUCGUUCACAGGGAUGUAAAGCCUUCCAACUUGGUUGUUACAAAAAAAGGGCAGAUUAAACUCAUUGAUUUUGGUGCAGCAACAGACCUUAGAAUUGGAAAGAAUUAUGUGCCUAAUUAUACACCUUUGGAUCCUGAUUACUGUCCUCCUGAACUAUAUGUUCUACCACAAGAAACACAAAGUCUUCCUCCAGAACCAAUUGCAGCUUUAAUCUCACCAAUCUUGUGGCAGUUAAACAGUCCUGAUCUCUUUGAUAUGUAUUCUGCUGGAAUUGUACUCUUGCAAAUUGCAAUACCAACCUUAAGGUCUCAAGCUGCUUUGAAGAAUUUCAAUUUGGAAAUGAGGACAUAUGGAUAUGAUUUGAACAAAUGGAGGGACUCUACUCGCAUGAAGUCUAACUUCCAAAUCCUUGAUAGUGAUUCUGGUAGAGGUUGGGACUUAGCAUCAAAGCUUAUCUCCAAAAGAAGUUCCGAAAGAAGAAGGCGUUUAUCUGCUGCUUCUGCUUUGAGGCAUCCUUAUUUUCUUCUUGGUGGUGAUCAGGCAGCUGCAGUUCUUUCUAAAUUCAGCUUUAGCACAAAGUGAACAGCUUAUAAAUUUUUGGUUUGUUUGGAUAAGUUUAUUUGAGUUUAUCUACAGGCAUAAACACGUGUGAGAUUGUUUGAGAAAGCUUAAGGAUACGGCCUAUAAUAUGCCCAUAAACUGUUUCUAGCUUAUUUUCGUAAGCUCUCUUGGAUAGCAUAUUAAAAAAACUUAUAGCUUGUAUAUAAGUAGUUUGACUUAAUUUUAUCUUUUGUUAUACACAUAGCUUAUAAGAGCUUAUACUAUAAACACUUAAUUAUAA